UCUGACUCCGUCUCUCACACCGUCGUCGUCACUUUCAUUUCUUCUUUUCUCUCUCUCUCUCUCUCUCUUCCUUCUGUCAUCGCUGUCUCUGACUUCCCUGUCUUCCUCCUUCUUCCUUUUUGCUUUCCCGUCGUUUUUCUCCGCCGGAUUUAUCUCUCCCCACCACUAUAUUCUCCGGUAGGACAUCCUCUGUUUCUCCGGAGAGGCGAAUUGUUUCCCACAGUAUACUAAAGCAGCACUUGCGAAUCAAAUUUGGCUCCUGGGGGAAAAUUCUGAAGAUCGUGUAGCUUUUUAUAUCAAAGUUUCUGAAUUUUCCAUCUUAGAGAAGCCUCGUUAGAUCUGGGAGGUCAAUUAAGCGGAAAGGGCUGUGCCAUCUUGAAAGUUUUAAGCUUUUCGUUUACGUUUCUCUCUCUCUCUCUCUCUCUCUCUCUCUUGUAACUGGUUCACCGGCUGGUUACGGUUUUUAUUGAUGGUUUCCACGGCGGCUAGGACCUCCGGGGCUUUUGUUUGUAGAUGAUGAACGGCCCGUCGGGUAAGGAUCGACGAGGGUGGUGGUGUUCUGGUGAAUAUCUCACAUGGAAUGGCAGAUCUUGCGACCUACAGUAAUGCUGACCACAACGUCGAGCAGCAGAAAGCUCAAAUCUUGUUACCACAAAGUGAUUAUUAAGCUCUUAGCGAUGGAAGUGAAGUCUAUCACCGGAUUUGAAAUCUUAAUUCGGAGUUAUAGAAUUGAAGAGUCUGGUUCUCUAGUGAACUCUUUAGGCUUGUGGAAAAGACAGGACCUUGACAUUGCAUUGAUUACAUUGAAGAAGGGCACACAACUUUUGAAAUAUGGUCGGAAAGGAAAGCCGAAGUUUUAUCCUUUCAGACUGUCUAGUGAUGAAAAAUCUUUGAUCUGGAUUUCGAGUAGCGGUGAAAAGCGACUGAAGUUAGCUUCUGUAUCUAAAAUCGUACCUGGGCAAAGAACUGCUGUUUUCCAGCGUUAUCUUCGCCCGGAGAAAGAUUACUUAUCCUUCUCUCUCUUAUACAACGGGAAAAAGAAGUCUCUUGACUUGAUUUGUAAGGACAAGGUCGAGGCUGAGAUUUGGAUUGGAGGCCUUAAAACACUAAUAUCGGGUGGGCAAGGCGGUCGUUCAAAAAUUGAUGGCUGGAGUGGCGGAAACCUCUCAGUCGAUGCCAGCAGAGACUUGACGUCGAGCAGUCCAAGCAGCAGUUCUGCGAGCGCUUCACGAGGUCACAGCUCUCCAGGGACUCCUUUUAAUAGCGAUCCGAUUGUUUCUCCCAAGAGUUCUGAGCCUGAGGUUCCUUUAACCGAGUCAGAGAAAUCACAUGUGGCAUUGGAAACCAAAAACAUGCAAACAAAGGUAUCCGGUGGUUCAGAUGGUUUCCGGGUUAGUGUCUCGAGUGCCCAAAGCAGCUCUAGUCACGGCUCUGCAGCAGAUGACUCUGAUGCUCUAGGUGACGUUUAUAUUUGGGGUGAGGUUAUAUGUGACAAUGUCGUCAAGGUAGGGGUUGAUAAGAACGCAAGUUAUCUGACCACAAGAACCGACGUCCUUGUGCCGAAGCCAUUGGAGUCGAAUAUCGUCUUGGAUGUUCAUCAGAUCGCGUGCGGUGUCAGGCAUGCUGCGUUUGUGACAAGGCAAGGUGAGAUUUUCACUUGGGGUGAAGAAUCUGGAGGAAGGUUGGGUCAUGGUAUUGGCAAGGAUGUUUUCCAUCCCCGUCUCGUCGAGUCUCUCACAGCUACUUCAUCUGUUGACUUGGUUGCUUGUGGGGAGUUCCACACUUGCGCUGUUACUCUAGCUGGAGAGCUCUACACUUGGGGUGACGGUACACACAACGUUGGGCUUUUAGGUCAUGGCUCUGAUAUCAGUCACUGGAUACCAAAGAGAAUCGCUGGUUCCCUCGAAGGGCUCCAUGUGGCUUCUGUGAGCUGUGGACCGUGGCACACCGCUCUGAUAACAUCGUACGGGAGGCUUUUCACAUUUGGAGAUGGAACGUUUGGUGUCUUAGGGCACGGUGACAGGGAGACAGUUCAGUAUCCGAGGGAAGUUGAAUCUUUAUCAGGACUGAGAACCAUCGCGGUUUCUUGCGGGGUUUGGCACACCGCUGCUGUUGUCGAGAUCAUUGUCACACAGUCAAACUCUAGCUCCGUGUCGUCUGGAAAACUGUUCACGUGGGGAGAUGGAGACAAGAACCGUCUCGGACACGGGGACAAGGACCCUCGGCUUAAACCGACUUGUGUGCCUGCGCUGAUCGAUUACAAUUUCCACAAGAUUGCAUGUGGACACAGCUUGACAGUAGGUUUGACCACAUCUGGACAAGUCUUCACGAUGGGGAGUACGGUUUAUGGUCAGCUCGGGAACGUACAGACCGACGGGAAGUUGCCGUGUCUGGUGGAGGACAAGCUCGGGAGCGAGUUUGUCGAGGAGAUCUCUUGUGGGGCGUACCACGUGGCGGCCUUAACUUCUAGAAACGAAGUCUACACAUGGGGUAAAGGAGCCAACGGGAGAUUAGGCCAUGGUGAUGUUGAGGAUCGUAAAGUACCAACUCUUGUUGAGGCUUUGAAGGACAGACACGUGAAGUACAUUGCCUGUGGAUCGAAUUACACCGCAGCGAUAUGUCUGCAUAAAUGGGUCUCCGGUGCUGAGCAGUCUCAGUGUUCAACCUGUAGGCUUGCCUUUGGGUUCACACGGAAGAGGCACAACUGCUACAACUGUGGGCUUGUGCACUGCCACUCGUGCAGUUCCAAGAAGGCGUUCCGCGCUGCGUUGGCCCCUAGCGCCGGGAGGCUGUACCGGGUCUGCGACUCUUGUUAUGUGAAGCUCAGCAAAGUCUCUGAGAUAAGCGAUGCUAACAGGAGGAACAACGCCGUGCCUCGUCUCUCAGGGGAGAACAAAGACAGGCUUGAUAAAUCUGAGAUAAGGUUAGCCAAGUUUGGUACAUCCAAUAUGGACUUGAUCAAGCAACUGGAUAGCAAAGCUGCAAAGCAAGGAAAGAAGGCUGACAAUUUCUCUCUCGGCCGCAACUCUCAGCUGCCUUCUCUGCUGCAGCUGAAAGAUGCCGUGCAGUCUAAUAUAGGCGACAUGCGGAGGUCUGCUCCGAAGCUAGCUCCGGCUCCUUCAGCUAUUAGCUCCAGGUCGGUGUCGCCUUUCUCCAGGAGAUGUAGCCCUCCCCGCUCCGCCACUCCUAUGCCUUCAACUUCCGGAAUCUAUUUCCCGGUGGGUAUAGCAGACAAUAUGAGGAAAACCAAUGAGAUCUUGAAUCAGGAGAUCAAUAAGUUACGAACACAGGUUGACACUCUGACUCAAAAGUGUGAACUACAAGAAGUAGAGCUCCAGAAUUCGGUAAAGAAGACUCAGGAGGCCUUAGCAUUGGCAGAGGAGGAAUCUGCUAAAUCAAGAGCCGCGAAAGAGGCUAUAAAGUCGCUCAUAGCGCAGCUCAAGGAUGUAGCAGAGAAGUUGCCUCCUGGUGAGAGCAUUAAACUCGAGCACAACGGUUUCCAUUUCCCUGAAGAAAAUGGUUUCCAUCCUUCAAGGUCGGAAUCGAUGACCUCUUCUAUAUCUUCAGUUGCUCCUUUUGACUUUGCCUUUGCAAAUGCGUCUUGGUCCAAUCUCCAAUCACCAAAGCACACGCCUAGAGCCAGCGACAGAAACAACAACAACAACGCUUAUCCAGCUGAUCCACGGCUAAGCAGCAGCGGGUCAGUGAUCAGUGAGAGACACGAGCCUUUCCAGUUCCAGAACAACAGCGACAAUGGUUCGAGCCAUGUUAACAACAAUACUAGUCAGGUAGAGGCAGAGUGGAUCGAACAGUAUGAGCCAGGCGUGUAUAUAACCCUUGUCGCCCUCCACGAUGGAACUAGAGAUCUAAGAAGAGUCCGCUUCAGCCGAAGAAGAUUCGGAGAACACCAAGCAGAGACAUGGUGGUCGGAGAAUCGGGAAAAAGUGUAUGAGAAAUAUAAUGUGAGAGUGUCGGAGAAAUCAACAGCUUCUCAAACGCAUAGAGACAGAGACGAAGAAGAAGACGUUCCUCAAUAGUAGUCGUAAAAAACAUUUGUAUGAUUUUGCCCCCAUAAUUUUUAGUUUCUCUACGUUUUGCCCGGAAACUCUUCAUAGUUCCUUCACCUUAACUCUUCUUCCUUUUUUUCUUUUCUUUUGUUCUUUCUCUAUCUCGAUUCGAUAUGUGCGAGAUUAAUUUGCAUGUAUGUUGUGUAUAUAUAUAUAAAGACUAUCCCGUUCUCAGAUCACGUUUAAGAACAAAAAAAAAAACAUAUAGUAAGAACAAAUCGUUGGAGUAUUAUUAAGUUUGCCU